GAUUUUCUCUUCUCCAUCAUCUCAUCUUACAAUUUUACUGCCUUCUUCUUCAUAGCACAAUUUUCUUUAGCUUCUCUGAUCUCGCUACAUAAAACACAAAUGGCCUCCAGUGUUCUUAUCUUCACUCUUUUCCUCACUUUUUCCUUACUUCAUCUGAGCUCAGCCCGGAGGCUCACUGAAUCAGAAACCCAACUACUAAAAUUCCAAUACCACAAAGGCCCUCUCCUCACCGGCAAAAUCUCGGUGAACCUCAUAUGGUACGGCAAAUUCAACCCAUCCCAACGCGCCAUCAUUGCAGAUUUCAUCACCUCCCUCUCCUCAUCCCCCAAAUCCACAACAUCACAACCCUCUGUCGCCACAUGGUGGAAAACCACCGAGAAAUACUACCACAACAAAUCACCCAAGCUCUCACUCUCUCUAGGAACCCAAAUCCUUGAAGAGAAAUACUCUCUUGGAAAAUCACUCACCACCAACCAAAUCAUCAAACUCGCAUCAAAAGGUCCCCAGAGAAACGCCAUCAACGUGGUUCUCACCUCCGCUGAUGUGGUAGUGGAAGGUUUAUGCUCCAGCAGGUGCGGGACCCAUGGUUCCUCUUCUGGCGCACGCAUGAACGGAAAGAGAUCAUCCAAGUUUGCAUACAUUUGGGUUGGUAACUCUGAGACUCAGUGCCCUGGUCAAUGCGCGUGGCCGUUCCACCAACCCAUUUACGGUCCACAGAACAAGCCUCUUGUUGCGCCCAACAACGAUGUCGCUUUGGAUGGAAUGGUGAUCAAUGUGGCGAGUCUGUUAGCUGGGACCGCCACGAAUCCUUUCGGGAAUGGCUACUUUCAGGGACCUAAAGAGGCGCCUUUGGAGGCUGCGUCGGCUUGCACCGGCGUGUAUGGGAAAGGAGCUUACCCUGGCUACGCCGGGAACCUCUUGGUGGACCCCACAACUGGUGCUAGUUACAAUGCUAACGGCGUUAGUGGAAGGAAAUAUCUGCUACCCGCGCUCGUUGACCCUAAAACCUCAGCCUGUUCCACGUUGGUCUAGUUCAUGAAAUAUGUUUUAGUCACUUUUAGUUUUAUUUGUAGCAGUUAGGCAACGAUAAUUCUUUGAUUUGUUCAUUCAUUUUUGUUGUAAACUGAAUAAGAUUAUAGAAAUAUAAAAUUGAGUUCAAGUUUUUUUUU